GGAUUAUCAACACAACAAACUAAACUUCUCACAAUCACAUUUUCUCCACCACAUUGAAAGGAAUUUGGGUUAGGAUAUUACCCUUGGAUUUUUAAUCUCUACGCAAAGGACCAUUUCUGCGAAGCUUCACUCAUUGCGUCUUCAGCUAAAACGCAACCUUACAACAUCGUACCUUUCGUCACUCAGCUCUCAUCAUGGUCAGCGCAAAGGGGCAAAAUUGGGAGAACUACAAGAAGGACUUCGCCGACGACGAGGUUGAAGAGAAGAAGAUCACACCUUUAUCAGAUGAAGAUAUUCAAGUCCUAAAGACUUAUGGCGCAGCUCCAUAUGGUGCCGCGCUAAAGAAACUCGAACAACAGAUCAAAGAAAAGCAAACAAGUGUGAAUGAGAAGAUUGGCGUAAAGGAAUCAGAUACCGGAUUGGCGCCACCUCAUUUGUGGGAUGUAGCAGCAGAUAGACAACGAAUGUCAGAAGAGCAACCUUUACAAGUUGCAAGAUGUACGAAGAUUAUUCAAGACGAGAAGGAUACGGAAAAGAGCAAAUAUGUCAUCAACGUUAAGCAGAUUGCGAAAUUUGUAGUAAACCUUGGCGACCGUGUCAGUCCUACGGAUAUUGAGGAAGGAAUGAGAGUUGGUGUCGACCGCAACAAGUACCAAAUCUUAUUACCUUUACCUCCGAAGAUCGAUGCUAGCGUUACGAUGAUGACUGUUGAGGAGAAGCCUGAUGUUACAUAUGGUGACGUUGGAGGAUGCAAGGAACAGGUCGAAAAGCUACGAGAAGUCGUCGAAAUGCCACUGUUAUCACCAGAACGAUUCGUCAACCUUGGUAUCGAUCCACCCAAAGGUGCUUUGCUCUAUGGUCCCCCAGGAACUGGAAAAACACUUUGCGCUAGAGCUGUCGCCAACAGAACUGAUGCUACAUUUAUUCGAGUUAUCGGUAGUGAAUUGGUGCAGAAAUAUGUCGGAGAGGGUGCUAGAAUGGUUCGUGAACUGUUCGAGAUGGCGAGGACGAAGAAAGCUUGUAUCAUUUUCUUCGAUGAAAUUGAUGCGGUCGGAGGAGCUCGUUUCGAUGAUGGUGCAGGAGGAGACAACGAAGUACAAAGAACCAUGUUGGAAUUGAUUACUCAACUUGAUGGAUUCGACGCAAGAGGAAAUAUCAAGGUCAUGUUCGCUACAAACAGACCUUCUACCCUGGAUCCCGCGUUGAUGAGACCUGGACGUAUCGAUAGAAAGAUCGAAUUCUCGCUACCAGAUCUUGAGGGACGAGCAAACAUUCUUAGAAUCCACGCCAAGAGUAUGUCUGUCGAGAGAGACAUUAGAUGGGAAUUGAUUUCACGUCUUUGCCCUAACUCUACCGGUGCUGAACUUCGAAGUGUUUGCACAGAAGCAGGAAUGUUCGCCAUUCGUGCUAGAAGAAAGGUCGCGACAGAAAAGGAUUUCCUGAGCGCAGUUGACAAGGUCAUCAAGGGCAACUUGAAGUUCAACUCCACUGCCACUUAUAUGCAAUACAACUAGAAGUCUUUUACAGACUAGAGGGGUGUAUAUUAGCUGGCGUUGGUGUAUAAGAUAGCAUUAAUGAAUCAAAUAUUCAUGACCACUCUGUUUAAAGCAAUUAUCCACUUCGCAUUAGUUGAGCAACAAGCCAUGAGAUUUUUCAGCUCGUCACAUUUGCAGAGAUUCGGGAAUACCCUGGUGAUUUUAGUUGACACCGGUUCGUUUUAUAUUACUGUUUGAUUUAAUAAAAAGUCGUUUGAAAAACGUCAAAUUUUGCCACACGUCUAUGUACACGCAGGACGUGCAAAUAAAGAUCGAAGAGCCA